CUGUUGACAUUCAACAUGGCGGCAUGUCGUCAGUGCUGUGCUGUGUCGUGGUGAGUUGAAAUUUUGUUCAAAACACAACCAAUUCAAUGCGAAAUAAUCAAAAUAUGUACGUAAGAUGACAGCAAUUUAUAUUAUUGAUUAGAAUUAUGCCAGAAGUGGACCCAUUUCGAUUUGAAAAUCUUGUGUAACUAAGGAAAACAAAUUUUAUCACAGAAAAUUGGAAGUAAAUUUACUCUACUAGCCUUGUUAAAUUAUGAGAAUAACAGCACAAAACGCACCCAGCACGCAUUGAAGACAUCUGAGGAUUUUUAUUUAACUUUCUGUUACAUUACAAAUUUUGAGUGACUGUGAAUUGUAUUUUUUUUAUUUAUUGGGUUGUUUUUAUCAUUCUAUUCACAUUGUGAAGUAAGUUGUUGACCACUCGAAUUACAAAAGCGAUUGAUACAUUGUGAAUUGAUUUCAAUCUGCACGACUUAUAAAGUCGUCAGCAUUAGUUUUGGACAUUUAGUGAAAUCGGCUGCCAUAUUGACUUUGGGUGUACAUUUAAUAUUGACGAAAACCAUUCUGUGAUAUUCGCUACAAUUAAGGAACAACUAACAAAGAAAGUCGGAAAUAAUCAUUGUAUACACAUUAAAGAAGAGAUUCAGAAGACAUGUCAGGCAAUCCUCAGUGGAAAAAUUUCCAGCCGCCUGACAUCAUGAAUCAGGACUCUGCCAUCUUGGAUUUAAAAUCCUUGGGAAAUACUGGAAAAUCAUCUCAGGCAUUCAAUUUCAACCGAUCAACAUCGUCAUCCCGGUUCGUACAAGAAUUUCCACUUCUUCAGGAUAAAUCUUCUUCAUCAAAUGCUCCCUAUUCUAACAAUGGCAUUUAUGGCUCAUCCAGUGCAACUCAAGCCGGAAACGGAAGUCGAUUCUCAAUAGGCACCUUCUCUUUGGACUCAAACAGUGUAUUCAACAGCUCUGGAGAUAAUAACCCCAACAUUUUUUCAUCACCCCAGGCCAGUGCAAAUAAUUCCAGUUUUGACUCCAAUUCUACCAAUUUGGGAACAAGAGAAACUGGCAUAAUUGAAAAGCUUUUGCACUCCUAUGGUUUCAUUCAAUGCUGUGAACGACAAGCUCGUCUCUUCUUCCAUUUUUCUCAGUUCAGUGGAAACCGUGAUCAUUUAAAAAUCGGCGAUCCAGUUGAAUUUGAAAUGACAUACGACAGACGAACUGGAAAGCCAAUCGCAAGUACUGUCUCUAAAAUCGCUCCUGAGGUAGUAAUGAGCGAAGAAAGAGUUACGGGUACAGUUACCACUGAAGUGAGAGGGGAAGGAUCAGCAGGUGACACCACAGGACGGAUCAGUUAUGAAAAUCGGGGCGAAUGUUUCUUCCUGCCAUAUACCAAGGACGAUGUUGAAGGAAAUGUAACACUAAGUGCUGGGGACAAAGUUAGUUUCCAAAUAGCUACCAAUAAUCGGGGGAAUUUGGGUGCUUGUCAUGUUCGUCUAGAAAACACAGCUCAUCCUGUGAAAUACCAAGGCGUUGUAUGUUCAAUGAAGGAGAGUUUCGGAUUCAUAGAGAGGGCUGAUAUUGUGAAAGAAAUAUUCUUUCAUUUCUCUGAGGCAAAAACCAAAGAAGAACUAAGACUAGGAGAUGAUGUCGAAUUCAUUAUCCAAACUCGUAAUGGCAAGGAAGUAGCAUGUAAUAUAACACGUUUGCCGACUGGUACCGUAAUUUUUGAAGAUCUGAAGCCUGAUAUUAUAAAGGGUCAGGUGUUGAAACCACUCGAUAAAGCUCCCAAUACACGUCAUCUAUCUGAUCCUCUUCCUGGUAGAAUAAGAUAUAGAGCCCCAGAUCAUUCUGAGGUGGAAAUUUCAUUUGGUGACAAAGAUCAGAAGGGCGAUUUUACACUUCGUCAUGGCGAUUGGGUACAAUUUUGCAUUGCCACAGAUAGAAGAGAUGGACUCAAUAGAGCCACUAACAUAUCCUUGCUAGACGAAAGUUUCCUCGUUUCAGGAGAAAAGCGAGAGCAAGGUGUAGUGAGCAGUAGAAAAGAUGGUUAUGGUUUUUUGCGAUGUGUCGAUAGAGAACCAAAAUUAUUCUUCCAUUUCAAUGAAGUGUUGGAUUCUGAAAGAGAAAUUCAGGUUGGUGAUGAAUUUGAGUUCACCGUCAUACAAGAUCAAAUUAGUUCAUUCUCGAAUAACCGACAGAGUGCUAUACGUAUGAAGUGGCUUCCACCUGGCACGGUUCAGUUUGAAACUUGUGUAGAAUGCGAGGUGUUGGGGGUUGUUUGCAAAGAAAUUCCACUCAUAAACUGGACUACUCGUAGUCCGUCCAAAGGGUUAGGAAAUGGUGAACAUCAGCAAGCAGAACCUGGUCUUAUAACUUAUCAGGCGAAUGGUCAAAAGAAGAAUAUAUCUUUUCAUCUUAAGGAUAUUGAUAUGAAGCAAUAUCCCAGACUUGGAGAUAAGAUCAAAUUCGAUAUUAGUCAGGUAAAAAGAAACAAAGAACUAAUUGCUACCAAUAUUGAAGUUGUCCAGUCAGUAAAUGGAGUUAAGAUAGAUCGAAGUAGUCAAGUUUAUCAGGGAUUCAUAGCAGCUCUAAAGGAUGGUUUUGGUUUCAUAGAGACCAUACAGCAUGACAAAGAAGUGUUCUUCCAUUUUAGUAACUUCGAUGGUGACUCAAAUACCUUAGAAUUAGGUCAAGAAGUGGAGUAUAACUUGGGUAGUCGUGGCAACUCUGGCAUCUGUUCUUCUGCCGAAAAUGUUCGUGUCAUUCCUUCAGGUACCAUAGUUUUGCCACAGGCUAAUGGAGAUAUCUUAGAUGGCACAGUUAUACGACCACUUAGGUCUGUGAACCCAGACCAAACAGACUAUUCUGGACUCAUUCAGAUCAACAGUGAAAGUCCUGACGAUGUUCCAAUUGAGUAUGAAUUUGGUAUCAUGGGCCUAUUGAAUAAAAGAGAGUUGCUGCAAGUUGGCGAUCAAGUCCAGCUACAGGUUGAUGCCACAGGGAGAGCUGCUAAUAUUGAAGCAGUAAGAAAGAAGCUACGUGCUAAUGUCGAUGCUAUUAAGGGACAUUAUGGGUUCCUAGCUUAUGAAGUGGAAGAGGGCAAGAAGCUUUUCUUUCAUAUGACAGAAGUUCGUGAAGGUGUAAGCCUUCAAGUUGGCGAUACUGUAGAAUUCGUGUUGGUUACAAAUCAUAGGAGUGGGAGAUCAUCUGCAUGCAGUGUGGUUAAAAUUAAUGAUGUUAAAGCUAGACCAGAAAGAUUAAUAAGUCGCCUAAGAACAAUAUCUUUGGAUGAAGCUGGACCUAAACUGACAGUCCUCCGUCAACCAAAGGGCCCAGAUGGAACAAAAGGGUUCUCUUCGGAUGCAAGAACAGAUCGUUUGCCGGGGUUGGUAAAUGAAAAUUUGAUAAUGUGUUAGGAAACAUCGACGUUCCUGCAUGCAUUCCCAUCUUUCGCCACCAAAAAAUUUACAGAUAAACUGAGAAAGUCAGCUGCAACUAGUCUCUUCGUUCGAUUGGCUUACAAUUGGGAUCUCGUCGAACUACACUGUGAUGUCCUUUCAAGCAAAAUUAUGUUUUUUGUAGAGGUAACAUAAUUACUAUAAUAGUCUUGAUGUUUGUCGGGGUCCUCCAUUCCUUAUUCUGAUAAAUAUGAAAUUCUCUGAAUCGAUUAUUUCUUAUGAUCUAUAAAAUAUAUUAUAUCAAAAAAUGGACAACUGAAUAAAAAGCAUGACUAAUGAAGAACAAAAUAA